AUGGAUGUUGAUUCAGUGUUCUACACUGAUCGAAGUGGAAAAGUCACCAGUAACCCCUUGCUCGACCAGCUCCCCAGCUACCAGUCCCUACUGUACCGCAGGAAGCCGUCCAAUACUGGUACCAAGCGAAAGAGCAGCUCUCGAGGUCGUAUCAGCUCCUCUGGCAGUUGGAAAUGGAAUCUGAGUACUGUAAAUCGACGUGAUGAGAAGCAUAAGAGCCAAGUGGAGCAGAGACCAAUUAGAGAGCAACCAAAGACGAUGGCUGAGAAACGUAGAGACAAAGCACUACGCCUAGAAGAAGAUGCAGAGCUCAGCAGCUGGAGACAGUGGAGACAAAGCACCCACAGGUACCUCCGCAGGCUGCAAGAUGAUGUCCAUGAGUGGCUGACUGCCCUGCAGCUCUGGAGGGGUGACAUCCAUCUAAUAGAGGGAAUGUUUGGCACUGGCAUUUUGUCCUAUUUUUCUUUCCUGCGCUUCCUUGUCAUGCUCAACCUGAUCAUCUUCACUUUCAUGUUCAGCUUCAUCUUGUUACCCAUCAUAAUUGCCCCCCAUGCCUCAGGGAACAUCACCUAUAACAAGGAUGAUGGUAGCAAUUGCAGUUUUUAUCCAGGCAGUGCUCGCAAAGGUCUUGUCAUUUUUCAUGAGCACAUAACAGAUCUCUUGUCUGGUGGAGGCUUUCUUGAGCAGACCUAUCUGUUUUAUGGCUACUACAGAGUGGACAAAAUCCACUUCCCCAGAAUCACCUAUAAUUUGCCUCUAGCCUAUCUACUGGUCACUGUGGCAUACCUCUUAUUCAGUCUCGUGUGGAUUGUUAAAAGGUCUGCCACAGGUUUCAAACGCAACCUGGUUCAGGAUGAAGACCGGUUCCAGAGUUUUUGUAACAAGAUCUUUGCUGGAUGGGACUUCUGUAUCACCAAUGAGAAUGCAGCAAGGCUCAAAAGGAGCAGUCUACUUUAUGAAUUAAGGACAGAUUUAGAGGAGGAAAGGAUCAAACAAAAAAUUGCAGAUCGCACCCGUAAAGAGAAAUGUCGCAUUUAUCUUUUACGCUUAAUCCUCAACUUGUUUGUCAUUGGUGUAUUGGCUGGUUGCUUCUACAGCAUUUACAUUGCCACCAUUUUCUCCCAGGAAGCACAGAUAACUAAAAUUAAGGUGAAUUUUAUUGUGGAUCUCAUCCUCGAGUAUCUGCCAUCAAUUGUUAUUACUCUGGCAAACUUCAUCACUCCCCUCCUCUUUUCGGUCAUCAUCAACUAUGAGGACUAUUCACCUGCUUUCGAGAUCCGUUUCACUCUCAUGAGGUGUGUAUUCAUGCGACUGACCAGUAUUGGAGUUUUGCUCUUCUCCCUCUGGUCACAGAUCACUAAUUGUGAUGUAGAGCCAUGCCCAUGCGGCUAUAACCAUUUGCUGUACUCAUGUUGGGAGACGCGUGUUGGCCAGGAAAUGUACAAACUCACCAUUUUUGACUUCAUAAUCAUUGUGGCCGUUACCAUCUUUGUGGAGUUUCCCCGAAAGCUCAUAGUAAAGUACUGCGACUGUGGCCUUGUGAAAUGGUGGGGUCAACAAGAGUUUGCUAUCCCUCAGAAUGUUCUUGAGAUUGUCUAUGGCCAGACGAUUUGUUGGAUCGGCACAUUCUACUCCCCAAUGCUGCCUGCCAUCUGCACGAUUAAGUACUUUUUUAUCUUCUACAUAAAAAAGGUGUCAUUGAUGAAGAACUGUCGUCCAGCCACACGUCCUUUCAGAGCAUCAAGUUCAAACUUUUUCUUCCUGGGUGUGCUGCUGAUCGGCCUUAGUUUGGCCUCUGUGCCUGUUAUUGUUAGUGUCGGACAGAUAAACUCCUCCCAGGCCUGUGGUCCAUUUGUGAAUUACACCACUUCAUGGGAGGUGCUGCCAACCGCCAUAUCCCAGCUACCCAGUGGAGUCCAAACUCUUCUCUUUGCUGUCUCAUCUGAGGUCUUUGCUGUAUCCUUCUUUGUUGUUACAUGUUUGGCCAUGUUUUAUGUGAUUGCGCUAGCCGGCGCACACAAGAGGGUUAUUAACCAGCUUAGGGAGCAGCUAGCCAUGGAAGGUCGAGACAAGCAUUUCUUGAUCCAGAAAUUGUGCCAGGCUCAGAAACUCAACGCUAUCAUGUCCCCUGGAUUGGAAAGCCAGCGGCGGUGCAGCAGAAGCAGCCCCAGUUAUCACACCAGCUUCUCCAAUAAUUUUCCGGAAGGGGUGUUCCUUGCACACUCUCCCCCAGACACUUCCACGCAUGUGUGA